UCAGGGCAUGUUCAAAUUUAUCAGACCAUGAAUAAGAGCUAGUCCAGUGGUCAGAGGAAUCAGAUCAGUCAGUGACAAAUAACUGUGAGUCGAGUUUUAUUCUAACUAACCUGAAGAUCAUUUCAACAUGAUUCGGUUUGUUUUAUUGUUCUGUGGCUUGGUUUUGGCUCAGGAUCAGACUACUGCUUUCAGCGUUUUUGAAUCAGGAGGAUGUUGGACUGAAAUGUGUGAGCUCCAGAGAAAGGUUAAUGCCAUGUCUGAAACACUUGACGCCAUGAAAACCAGAAUGAAUGACAGUGAAACCAAGCUUAAGGAGACUGAAUCCAGGCUGCAGGCCAGUGAAACCAAACACCAGGCAACUGAAUCCAGGCUGCAGGCCAGUGAAACCAAACACCAGGCAACUGAAUCCAGGCUGCAGGCCAGUGAAACCAAACUCCAGGCAACUGAAUCCAGGCUGCAGGCCAGUGAAACCAAACUCCAGGCAACUGAAUCCAGGCUGCAGGCUAGUGAAACUAAACUCCAAGCAACUGAAUCCAGGCUGCAGGCUAGUGAAACCAAUCUCCAGGCAACUGAAUCCAGGCUGCAGGCUAGUGAAACCAAACACCAGGCAACUGAAUCCAGGCUGGAGGCCAGUGAAACCAAACUCCAGGCAACUGAAUCCAGGCUGCAGGCCAGUGAAACCAAUCUCCAGGCAACUGAAUCCAGGCUGCAGGCUAGUGAAACCAAACACCAGGCAACUGAAUCCAGGCUGCAGGCCAGUGAAACCAAACUCCAGGCAACUGAAUCCAGGCUGCAGGCCAGUGAAACCAAACUCCAGGCAACUGAAUCCAGGCUGGAAGCCAUUGAAGCGAAACACCAGGCAACUGAAUCCAGGCUGCAGGCCAGUGAAACCAAACUCCAGGCAACUGAAUCCAGGCUACAGGCCAGUGAAACCAAACUCCAGGCAACUGAAUCCAGGCUGCAGGCUAGUGAAACCAAACUCCAGGCAACUGAAUCCAGGCUACAGGCCAGUGAAUCUCGGCUACAGAACAGUGAAAAUAAGAUUCAUGAACUGAUGAACAAAGAAACAACCAGAGUGGUCUUCAGUGCAGCAUUGGGAGGAAACCCUGAAAACUUCGGACCUUUUAACGCCGACACAACUUUAAUCUACAAAACAGUGAAAACAAACAUUGGGAACGCCUACAAUUCAGCCACAGGUAUCUUCACCGCUCCUGUGGCAGGUGUUUAUUACUUCACCUUCUUUUACAACGUUGACAGUACACAUAAAACCUUUCUGCGCCUCUACAAGAACUCAGUGCAGAUAGUCUUUGCUUCUCAGUACAAGUCAAAAACUUUUGGAAAUAAUAAUGGCGGAAAUGCUGUGUUUAUUCAGCUGCAGCAGGGAGACCAGGUGUAUGUGAGAAUGAUCGAAAAUUCACACGUUUAUGGAGGCAACUACUUGACAACUUUUAGUGGUUUUUUGGUCUCUCAAAUGUGAGAUUGGACACUGAUCCAAUCUAUCAUCAUUCUGUUUGAUGAGAGUACUUAGUUGAUUAUAAUAUAGAAAGUUUUACAUGAAGAUUAGCAGUAAUAUCACCUCUUUAUUCUCUGUGAUGCUGAAGUCUGAUGUGAAGUCAACAGGAUAUUUUGAAAGAAAUAAAAAUGUAAAAACUGCUCAAACAACAACAGCUCCUCUGUACCUUAAUCUUACCUGACCCUCCCCACAGGAUUAACCAUGUCCAUGUUUUCUUUGCAUUUCAAUGUUUUUGUCUUCAGUAAAACCUGAUUAAUAUUGUUCAUACACUGAUUUAGCAUUGAUAUUCCAAGAUGACAACAUGAGACUAACUCUGGGAUUGUCAAUCUUUCCAUCAUGUUCACCUUUCAAUAAAGUUUACUUCAAAUUCUC